UGCUCUCUCGUACAACACAUGUCCUUCUUUUACGUGCGAGAAAUACGACAUUCCAUUCACAGCGAAACCGCAUUUUUGCAACAUAUUAAAGGAAGUGUGUCGCUUGUCUCACGUGUAAUCUAGUUACGAGUGCGUCUGGACGCUUUUUGAAGAAUAUAUACCGAAGAGAUCGAUAUUCAUCGGAAGUAACGGAAGCAUUACUUUUAUUUAACGUAUAUUUCAAAUAGAAAUGGCCAGCCGGGAUUCGUCUGUCUCCAAAACCGCGGAUGAUCAUAGUGUCGAGACACUGGCGGAAGUUUUUCGAUGUUUUAUUUGUAUGGAAAAGCUGAGAGAUGCACAUCUUUGUCCACACUGCAGCAAAUUAUGCUGCUACACAUGCAUUAGGAGAUGGUUAACAGAACAGCGUUCUCAGUGUCCUCACUGCCGAGCUUCGCUUCACUUGCAUGAAUUAGUAAAUUGUCGUUGGGUUGAGGAAGUGACGCAACAGUUAGAUACAUUGCAAGCUGUUGGCUUAUCCAAUUCUCGCCAUGAUGAUUCCAACAGAGACAGGUGUACGGUGCAUCAUGAAAAGUUAUCUGUAUACUGUUGGACUUGUCACAAGUGUAUCUGCCAUCAGUGUGCUUUAUGGGGUGGUACUCAUUCAGGACAUACUUUCAAACCAUUGGAUGAUGUUUACCAGCAACAUGUUACUCAGAUAAAAACAGAAGUGGGUCAAUUAAAUAGACGACUCUCGGAGCUAAUAAGUCUCGUUCAAGAAGUGGAGAGAAAUGUUGAAUCGGUGAGAGCGGCAAAAGAUGAGAGAGUUAGAGAAAUCAGAAACGCGAUAGAGCUAAUGAUAGCUCGUUUAGAUUCUCAGUUGAAAGCCAAGCUAUUGACUUUAAUGGGACAGAAGAAUUCGUUGACUCUGGAAACUGAACAGCUGGAAGCUCUACUGCAAGAGGUGGAGUAUCAGUUGCAGAGUAGCACACACUCUGAACUGAUCACCAAAAGCUCCGAAUUGUCUCGAAAAAUAUAUCAAAUUCGCAAGAAACCGAUGACGAGUUUCGUUACUGCUCCAGUACCUGCUGAUUUCCACAGCGAGAUUGUACCAGGUUACGAUAGUGCGACGUUCGCCAUGCAAAAUUUCACUCAGCUUCAACUGAAGGCUGAUCCAGUGUACUCUGCUCCCUUACACGUAAAUGGACUAUGUUGGAGAUUAAAGGUAUACCCGGAUGGCAACGGAGUAGUACGUGGGAAUUACUUGUCAGUGUUUCUAGAACUCAGUGCUGGAUUACCAGAGACUUCGAAGUAUGAAUAUAGAGUCGAGAUGAUUCACCAAGGUUCCCGUGACACGAGUAAAAAUAUCGUUCGUGAAUUCGCGUCCGAUUUUGAGAUCGGUGAAUGUUGGGGAUACAACCGAUUCUUUCGGCUAGAUCUGCUUGCGACAGAAGGUUAUUUAAAUACAGAAUUGGAUACUCUUAUAUUGAGAUUCCAAGUACGACCGCCGACAUUUUAUCAACGCUGCAGAGACCAACAAUGGUGUAUCAGCCAAUUAGUGACGGUCCAAAAUCAAUACGCUACUCAAAUUAACGAAUUAAAGGAGAGAUUAGCGAUAGAAAUUUCUCGUAAUGCUGUGGCAGCCACUAGAGCUACGAGCGGUAAUACAAUGUGUGGAUCAACUGCGAAUACAUCACCAUUAUCUAUACAACAGCAGCAGGACGACGUGACAUCCUGUUCAAAUGUUACACGGACCAUCGACACGUAUGCCACUGCGAGUGGGAUGUCAAGAUCGAUACCGAGUAUGCUUCCCGGUAACAGCGGCACGACAUUACCGGGCGAUCAGUUAACACCAAUGUAUGAAUUGGGUGAGAUCUCGGGCAUACAUCCUCUUGGCUCGACAUUGACGUUGUCGUCGAAAGCGUCACUGAAGUCACAUCGUGCUAACAAUUUGAAUGUCGUCGAAGUCGAGAGUCCUUCGCGUCGCGCCAACGAUGUAUCACUCGGAGAAUGUCAAGUCACGGGAAUUCACCCAAUUUCUUCAUCUUCGUACUCAUCUCCUAGUGUACUGAAUCAACAACCAUUAGCUUUGCUAACCAACAAUAAUGGCAGCAGCAACAGCGACCCCCUACUGUGCGCUUCGGCGUUGUCAUCAAUGGCGAGUAUAAAGCAGCAUCGGCUGAACAGUUUGAGCGUCGCGGACAACGAAAGUGCGCAGCGUUGCACCAACGACGUGUCGCCAGGCGAGUGCCAGGCUGCUGGUGGAGUUCAUUCACCGUCGUCAUUCUACUUGUCGCCAACAACCAAUCUCUCGUCUAACAGUAGCAGCAGUAGCAGCGAUAGUGGCGAGUUGAGCGAACAUGACAUCUAUGCAGAUGAGUGCGAACACAACGAACCCAAUGUCACACUCUUGGAUCUGACGAAUGACGAGAACGACGUGGACGACGAAACGAUGUCAGGAGAAAACGAUGUAGAAGUUGCGGAAUCCCUGACACCUUGGGCUCAAAACAAGCAACGGAUGAAACAACAAAACAGAGAUUCUGUCCCCGAUACACACAGGCUCAGGGAGAUAAUGUUGCUAAACUUAUUCGAGAUGCAAAACAUGAACUCUUCAUGGACUCUGUGUCUCGGGCAGCAAGCGGAUGAGAACUGCGAUUCACGGAGCUCACUCGCAUGUUUACGGCGUCACAAUUCCAGUCCGUUUGACUGCAACGACGUGGUACCUACCACCACGGCAUACCCGCAUAAACAUCAUGAGCCUGACACGUGUAACGAGCCAAGUGGUGUCGACAGACACCCGAAUUGCACCUUUCAUCAUUCCCGGCAACGAGUGACCGAAUUGACUCGACUCUUGAAUCAACUGCCAAAUACUUGCCAAUCGAGGCUGGCUGCGUUGACGCCUUCCAGUAAUCACACGACCCGGUCUGAGCCAGCAACGCGUUCCAAUUCGAUAGACUGCGAAAAAGACUUGCCGAAACUGCCAGUAGUUAAUAAAACGAACCACGAUGUGGAGUCAUCUAGGUUAUCAGAUCUAAUAGCACCAAACGUACUUUUAGACAGCAAUAAAGUCAUGUCGAAGCACCUGCUGUCUCGGCGCCAAUCGUCUCCGUGCUCGUCUGCUAGUUUGAAUUUAAUAAAUGACGAGAACAGCAAGACAUUUGAGUUAGAUCAUUUACUCGAAGCUAUCCAAAUACUCUCAGGAACGCAGAAAAAUGCGGCUGCUACCUGCAACAUAAAAUCGAGGAAAAAUACUUCAUCCGAUAUGAAGAAUAAUGCCUGCACCUCUAAUGGAAGUUCCACUGCGCUCUCGUUAACACAGGAAGGUACCUCGACUUCAUGUGCAAGCGCGACGGUAACAGCAGACAACGUUCCUAGUCUCCAUAAUUACAGCUGGUCGCCGGCAUCGUAUCAGCAUACGCAUGCGCAAAAAACUGUCCUAGACUUGGCUGUAGAAAGUUCUUCAAGUGAUAUUCCUAGCAAAAAUAAUCUCGAUAAAUCUAUGGAAGAAACUGCCAGUCCGCCGUAAUAAUUUAUAACUUGAGUAUAUUAUAGCAAAUGUGUUCUGUGAUUUUUUAUUGCGUUUUAGUUAUAAUCGCGAAAAAUUGACGAAGAACAUCUAUUCUGUCAAACAAAAUGGUUCUGAGAUAAAAAUAUGUCUGACACUUAUCAGACAUACGAGUUUAUUUUAGAUCCAUCACAUUAUAUCAAACACUAUGUAUGUACAAAGAAUUUUAAUAAUAUAAUCACUUUACUUUUCUUUUUUUAGCUUCAACUUAUUGACUAUAGCAUAUACACAAAAUUGUUUUUUAAA